ACAUCUAUAAUCAUGAGCCACUGGUGGGGAGAUUUGAACUUGGCUUACAAGUACACAAUUGUGUUCUUGUCUCUGCUAGCCUUGACCAUAUUAGCGGGCUUGGUCAAGGUUUACUUUGAUAGGAGAAAGCUGAAGAAGGUGACCCAAAAGAUCAAAGAGGAGGAGGAGGCAAGAGAAGACCAAGUCGAAUUGAACCAACGAGAAAAGGAUGAGGGAGACCUUUUCGGUGUUCGAGCCAUCGAAGCUGGGUUCUUUGCCGGCAUUCCUCAAUCUCGUCCCACGUCCAGAGCGGGCUCUAUUGCUGGUAGUCCAUCAAUGAGCUCUACCACUCUUCUCGGCGGUCUCAGCUCACCAAAAGUCCAAUCCAUGGCCAGCAGCGUUACUGAUCUUCCUCUCGCACACACGAAUAAUCGCGAUUCGGAUGUUCUCCCUUCUCACCCACCAGCUCCCAAGAGAACUCCUUCCAAUCUCAAACUUGAACCUUCGGAAGCGGAAUUGACAGGACGACACAACCUCAACUCUGCAGUCAACAUGGGCCUGGCUGUCCCUCCGUCACCUGUCCUUACGAAAGCGCCCCGAGCUCCUGCGUCCGAUGAUGCAGACGAUGUCGAACGCGAAGGUCGCACUUCCCCCCUCUCUGGAGCGAGAAGCGCCGUAUUGACUCCUCCCCCCGGGGACGUUCCCCAUUCACAAGCCGCGUCUCUCGUGACUGAUUCGCCCAACAGCAGUCGCGCUGCUUCGCCCGGCCCGUACAAAGCGACGAAACCUGGCCACCGUUCCUCGUUCAUCUCUUACAUUCCAACAAUGCCCUCGGAAGCAUCGACAAGUUCGGAGCCUACCAUAGUCCUACCACCGACAACUGGCGAAUCUACACAUCAACGAGAGACAAGCGAUGCAAGCAGCAUGUACAGCUACAAACGAAACAGCAAGCACCUAUCUGUGGGUGCAAGCAAGGAGGCGAACCGUCAAAGUGCCACAAAUAACUCACUCCUCGCGCCCAACUCUGCCAGCGAUGCGCACCGGGACCCGAACGACCCUCGCUUUUCCGAGUUCUACGACGCAUAUUUCCGCAACUCCAUCAUCAGAGAUCCGACAAAAAAAUCCGAUAGACUUUCGUUGACUCCCGCAAUCGUCGAGGAGUCUUCGCCCGUGCAUGCGCAAUAA